AUGAGCGACCACUAUACUACUGACAGUAGCAGCAAAUCCCAUGCAUCGGCUGUCAGCUCUUCAUCCUACCAUCGGGCGUCAACAGACGGCCAACCAAACGCUAUAGCCACAGCAGCAACAGCAUUCCAAACCCGUGUUGGCGCUGUGCCAUCAUUUGCUCCCAAAAACCAAUCUCUGAGAGACAUGCACAUGGGGACAACCACGUUAGCACUGAAACUGGAGCCCUCUAUCCCCUCCAAAGUAUCGUCCAGCAGCCAGAGAACGUCAUUCAAUGUCUCUGUGUUUUCAGGGCCACAUUAUCAGCCUGAGAACUACGCUGUCAAACCAAAUACAGAUUAUGGGAACAAAUACUUUUUACCCGAGCACUUUCCGCCAUCCUCAUCCGAAGCGAGGUACCUCAUGCCCAGCCUUGCUUAUCAUUUCCAAAGCGCUUUGAAAGAUGGGUCUCAUUUUGAAUCUUACAGUGAUUAUAACGCAGAGGACCCAGAGAACUUUAGACAUGCUUAUGGUGUUCAACAUCAACCCAAUCAAUUAAUAGACCUGUAUAUGAACCCAGACGGAGCGGGUCAGUCGUACAAAGCCAUAGCGCAGAUAGCACCAUUUAAUCCAACUCGAUUGCAACAGGAGAGACCACAUUCAUCCACACCGACUCCACAUCAACAGUUCCUGGACCAGCCAUACCAAUCAGCCACAGCCUCUCCGCUAUCAGACACAUCAUCACAGGACGAACGAGUGAAUCAAAUCCUGGAAGCCGCCAAUCUUUUGGAUUUUAACAAUCAAUUUUCACUCACGACAAAUGACAAUAAUGCGGCAAUCAGGAACGCCAGAGAGAAACACACAGCCAGACGGCCUACAUCGCAUGCAGCAGACUCUGACACAGAUGGCGAGGGUUUGGGUAAUCACAGUUGUCGAGUCAAACAGGAGAGAGACAGUGCUGUCUACGUAUCAGCAUCAUCUUUCAAACGAGAUCAGCAUGGCAAACGAAAGCAUCGGUCGUCUCCUCCAUCCUACAGAUCCAAAGAUCCGUCACAGCAAACCCCACCGAAAGGCUCUCGAAGAACAGCAGGAAAGACCGUUGCUUGUUUACCACCUCCCAAUGCCAACACGAGCUUCCAUGACGACGAUGAUACCGUGGUGUCUCUUUAUUCCGCUCAAUCCAGCCCUCAUGCAGACUAUGCCGUUCUCUCUGACACGGCCGAACAGGAUGCUGCAGAGAGCGAUAACCGCUCUGCAGUAGAAGGAGCUGCUGAAAAGCGUCUCAAAGCCAAAGAAUGGCCGAUUCCCACCAAGACAUUGGCCAUCAACAAAUGCAGAGAUUGGGGCAAAUUUUUGCAAUCAUGGCGUAUCAAAAAAAGGCCCUUGGUGUGUUCCAUCUGCUUGGACCCUGUCAUUAACAGCGAAGCACCUUCUGUUGUUUAUUGCGAUUCGCCGCAAUGUGAUGUGCUGAUUCAUCGUAGUUGUCUGAACAGAACCGAAUUGCCUAUGCUUGUUCAAAAGUAUUGGCUGUGUGAUAAAUGCUUCUUUCUGGAUACGAUGGAUCAAGAUUGCCCCUUUGUGGUGACUUGUGCACUGUGUCCCAAUACCAAUGGCUUGUUCUGCAAAUUGAGCCCGUAUUUACAUGAUAUUCCCUGGGUCCAUUUCACGUGUGCUAAAGUGUUUCAGGCACGGCCUGGCGAUUUCAGCUAUCAGGCAGAUUUGGGUGAAUACGAAGCACGGUUUGAUUUGAUACCGAUUGACAGAUUUUCAAAGACAUGUGCAUCCUGUGCUGAUCCCAUCUACGCCAGUUACGGUGCCAAAGUGACAUGCUCAGAUUGUGACAAAUCAUUCCAUGUGACAUGUGCUCAGAUGAAUCAAGUGCAGGUGUCACUGAAAAGUGGCAAUGCCAGGUGUUUGAGUCAUUUCAAGCCCGACAGUAGAGCGAGCCAGCAAAUACAGAGUUCAAAAGAUUACAGUACUUGGGUGAGCCUCAAGGAAGCUUACUUGUUGAAACAGUUCAACAAGAAUUCACGGAUGUUUGCCAUUGAUAUUUGGAAGACAUUGGCCAAGGACGCAGCAUCCUUCUCGAUGGGGAAUCGCAAGAUCAAUGCUCUCUAUAUUCGAUUUCUUCAUCGCAUCAAGCAUGUCCAUUAUGAGGUAGAGGGUACGCGAUACAGUCAAUGGAUCAACUACACACUCGCCUUUUUUAAUGCCGUGUACUCUGCUCGAGACAUGGAAUCCUACACGGUUUCUUUCAGCUCUGAACUGUUUGCAAGCCAUAAACUGAUCUGGAAACACUACAAUUUCUGGCAAGAUGCCAAUGAAGCAUCUCCUCAACCAACAGCCAUAGCAGCAACAGAAACAAGAGACAGCGUGGAUUUCAUGAACAACAACGGCUAUGACGACCAUCCGGAAAUAACGGGGGGAAACCAUGCCAUAUCCCAAGAUCCGGUGGAAACCAUGGACCCUAGUUCGCCAUGGCUCAUGCCCCCUCAUCUCAAAUCAUCCCAUCAAAUCUGUUCCAUUUGUAAAAAGACAAGGCUCCCUGCUGAAGUGUGCGCCAACUUGGGUAUCACUGAAGCUUACUUGAAAAAUCUAGAGACAACAAAGGACAAGAGACCGCCUGGGCACACUGGAAACAAGUCGUUUUGGGACCCUCGCGUCUUUAUUCAAUGCUCCAGAUGUUUGUCUAUUUUGCAUUGUGGUUGCCCUGAAACGCCCAUCAAAAAACAUCCUGAAAAAAAUAAGGUGUUUGUGUGCAUAUUUUGUGAUCGACACGGAGAAAUGGCAGCGGCUCCUCAAGCACUAGGCUCAAGAAGAAGUCGAAAGAUAAACUAUAAAGAAUAA